AGAUAAGCGCAGGAGCUAACGCGUACGCACAAACAAAAGCAAGUAAUUAGUCACAAUCCUGUGUAGAACACGCAAACAGGCAUUCCUCAUCAGAUUACUUAACCCUAUGAGUCCACACACAAAAUACCUCAAUGAAACACGUUUCAUUGCAAGCAAUCGCACCCUCGCUGUGUAUUUCCUCAGAGCCACUGUUCCUCCGUCCCUGUCAAUAAACCCUCAUCAGUGCUGCUUUGACUCUGUUUUAUCUUUUUUUUCUGUCUUCUCCCACGCCCCCACUCCGUUAUUUAAUCAAUAACUAAAGAUAGUUGCAUUUCCAGUCCUCCACAGGCCACCUCUCUUACCCCCGCGCUCUCAUUCCCCGCUCCGUCCCUCCCAUGUCCCGCAGCUUUCCUCCCCUCUCGCCUCUUUCUCUCUUAUUUUGCUGUUGUUGAAUGGAGAAGCUGGGUUCCCGGGAACAUGCACACCCGUCGCCGGGUGCAGGGCCCGUUGCUGGGGUUUCCGUUGCCAAGACGGCGGGUCCCGAGGGGGAAGAGGCGGCGGGAGCGGUCAGCUCCAAACUGUUUCGGUGUGCGUGCGUAAAGCGCUGGCUGCCGCUGGACUACAGAGAAGAACUUUACCAUGUCCUACGACUCACAGGCCCAUUGCUGCUGUCUCGGAUACUGAACUUCCUCCUGCCGUUUGUUAUCACUAUCUUCUGUGGUCACAUUGGCAAUGCGGAGCUUGCUGGAUACGCGCUGGCCUCCGCAACCAUUAAUGUCACCACAUCUGCAACAGGCUAUGGACUGGCGGUAGCUUGUGACACGCUGAUGUCUCAGACGUUCGGCAGUAAGAACCUGAAACGCGUCGGAGUGAUUCUACAGAGGAGUUCACUGAUCCUCCUCCUGUUCUGUCUGCCCUGCUGGGCUCUUCUCAUCAACUCGCAGAACCUACUGCUCAUCCUGCAACAAGAGGAUGAGGUGGCAAGAAUCGCCCAGCUGUACGUGAUGGCGUUUCUACCGGCGGUUCCAGCCAUGUUCCUGCACCAGCUGCAGGUCGCCUAUCUGCAAAACCAGGGCAUAAUUCUGCCUCAGAUGUACACGGCCGCCGUCGCCAACAUUUUUAACUUGGGAUUCAACUAUGUCCUGAUCUUCAGCUUGGAGCUGGGUGUCACGGGAUCAGCAAUCGCCAACAGCCUCUCUCAGAUCACCAUCUGCCUGCUGCUGUAUGGCUACAUCCGAUGGAAGAAGCUCCACCGGCAGACGUGGGAAGGCUGGUCCACUGACUGUCUGCAGGAAUGGGGCUCCUAUAUGAAACUGGCUAUUCCCAGUGCCUUCAUGGUCUGCUUUGAAUGGUGGAUAUGGGAAAUUGGAGGUUUCCUGGCUGGUAUACUUGGCGAGGUGGAUCUCGCUGCUCAACAUGUGGUGAUGGAAAUAGGCUCUAUAGUAUACAUGUUCCCUCUGGGCAUCAAUGCAGCGACCUGUGUGCGUGUCGGGAACGCUCUGGGGGCCGGAAACACCGCCAGGGCCAUCGUCACCUGCAAAGUAGCCCUGGUUAUUUCAGGCCUGCUCGCUGUGCUGCAGGGGGUCGCUAUCACUGGGACCAAGUCUGUUGUUGGAUACAUAUUUACCUCCGAUGAGAACAUUAUACAGAUCGUCUCAGAGACCGUCACGGUUUACACAUUUGUACAGUUCUUUGAUGCACUUCUGGUACGUUAUCACUGGGAGGGAGAUGAGGAGCACAUAAUCUUGCAGCAAUAUUUCAAAUUGGAGUUGGAGUUUUGUUUGAAUCUUUGUGUGCGUGUGUGCGUGUGCGUGUGUGUGUGUGCUCAGUGCGUCUGCGCAGGGAUUCUAGUCGGAUCCGGGAUGCAGAAAAUAGCUGCUGUGUCCAACCUGAUCUGCUACUACCUUAUCGGUUUGCCGGUGGGAGUGGCGCUGAUGUUUGCUGCCAAGCUCAGAGUGUUAGGCCUGUGGCUGGGUCUGCUCGUGUGCACGGUGCUUCAGACCGGAUUCCUGCUUAUUCUAAUCUUCCGGGUCAACUGGAAGAAAGUAACACACAAGGCUCAAAUGCGAGCAGGGAAAAAGCUGGUGGUGAUCCCAAGUCGUCCUGUGAGUCUGAUACUGAAUGACGCGAUGAUGCCGGGCGUCUCUGACGGAUCUAACACGGCCCAGUCAGACGCUGAGGAGGCUACCAAAGCAGAUGGCUACAGCCCCGUGGACACCAAGGAUCAGGAGGUGACGGACCACAACACAGACGCAGGAGGAGCCCAGGGAGACGCUGAGCAGAGCCGGGCUCCAUCAAAGGCACAGGCCCCGGCGCUGCUCUCCGUCAGCCAGCUAAUAUUACGCCGGGGACUCACCGGGCUGCUUUUAGCCCUGAUCCUGGCCGCGGGCGUCGCUGUCCACAUCGCCGUCCCUGCUCCAGAGCCCUCGGCCCACAGCAGGGCCAACCUCAGCCUCACGUGGGCCAACGACUCCACUCCCACACUACUGAGUCCACUGGACCUGACCUCAGAUCUGUGAACUGGCGGUGGCAACUGUAGACACCUAGUGGAUAAUUCGAUUGUUACACGUCGUCCGCGUGGUUUUUUUUUUGUUUUUUCUUUUGUUUUCUUUUGAACACGGGGUGAACGAUCUCGAUGACGCACUCCUGGGCCAAUCAGAAGACUGGAAGCAGCAGAAGAGACUGAGAUGCUCAGCUCAUUACGAAGACACACUGUCUAAAGGUUCUCUCGAAGAGACCGCAUGGACGUCAUAAGCAGGUGUUUUUCCACUGAUACAUUGUGAUUUUUUUUACCAAUUCUUGCCUUGUUGACUGAGCCUGGAUCGCUGUCUGGUGUUUUAACUUGAAGACAUAUUCAACUGUAAUUCCUAGUAAAUGAAUAAAAAAUAACAUGGUUUUGUACAGUUUAUAUUUAGGGCCAAUCAUUAAAUGUACUGUGACAUCACCUCAAUAAAGUGAAUAAUAAUAAAACAUAUUACAGGGAAUAUGAGCUAGCGACCUGUACAAGUACAAUACUUGGUACUGAUGGACGUCAGCAUCUUCUUUAAGGACAAAUGAACAAAAGCUGCCAUCAGUGGACCAUCUGUGAGGCUUCUACCUCCACUGGUACAUUACCGUGGUCAAUAUGAAGUUAAUAUGAGACUUAGCUACUGUAUCCCAAGUUCUAGUCCAACCACACUCACAGCGACUCUCACCCAGUCACUCGCUAAUGAUGACACAGCGUGUUACUGAUUGCAGGCUCUGGAGGUGAGCGGGACAAGAUUACAGUCUCUGUGAGGAGCCUGUGGCAGUGUCUCCGCUGAUGAGCCGGAUUCAGGCUGCGGUGGCGACGUAACCACGUAUGAAUCAAAGCUGAUUUACAUGUUGAAUAACGAUACAUUAAUAUGCACGUUUUGUGUGACUGGAGCAAACCCACGUCUGACACCGGCUACAGGAAAGCGUCACACACUUAGUUCAUGUUGAAAUGAAUACACCGGCAGCAUCCAGGGUUUACUCUGCACCUGGAGGAAAUAAGGUCUAUCAGGAAAGUCUGGGUUGACUCCUCCUGUUAUCUGAUGUUUACAGAGGGAAGUCACAGAAUUAUAUUUUCAGAGGCAUGAAUGGAAACAGGCUCAGCAAGAGUCUCACAUUGUUUGGUGAAAUAUGCCGUCAAGGUUGUGUUUCCUCAGGUUCUACACAUCCUACCUGAUACCAACCUGUCAGAGAACAUCCACAAUGUGCCUAAUGUGUCUUAUCUAAUAUGAGACUUAAGCUUUCUCCAUAAAUCACAUGCAGUCACAGCCUUCUGACAAAAGAAUCCAUUAUUUUUCUAAAUGUUCUGCCACUGCAACUUAACAGGGAAAUGCUGUCAGGAAAACAGUAUUUUAUAAUAAAUAUGAUGUCUGAUGUAAGAAAUGUAUUUUAUGAACUCAGAUGAAUAAAAUCCUAUAUUAGCUUCA